AUGGCGUUUUCUCAGGGACGAUUGACCUUCAAGGAUGUGGCCAUAGAAUUCUCUCAGGAGGAGUGGGAGUGCCUGGACCCCGCUCAGAGGGCCUUGUACAGGGACGUGAUGCUGGAGAACUACAGGAACUUGGUCUCCCUGGGUGAGGACAAUAUCUGUUCAGAACUCUUCAGUCAAAAUUCACACCUUGCAAAUCACCAGAGAAUACACGCUGGACAGAAACCUUACAAAUGUAACGGGUGUGGCAAAGCCUUUAGUGUACGUUCAAGCCUAACAAACCAUCAGCUAAUCCAUACUGGAGAGAAACCUUACCAAUGUAGUGAACGUGGCAAGGCUUUUUGCCAGAGUUCAAAACUGGUAAAACAUCACAGAAUUCAUAGCAGAGAGAAACCACACAAAUGUAAUGAGUGUGGUAAAGCUUUUAUCCAAAGUUCGAACCUGGUUGACCAUCAGAAAAGUCAUACUGGAGAGAAACCAUAUAAAUGUACUGAAUGUGGCAAGGCCUUCAGGAUUCACCAGAGAAUUCCCUUUACUCAGGGCUCACACCUCACUAAACAUCAGAUAAUCCAUACUGGAGAGAAACCUUACCGAUGUAAUGAAUGUGGCAAAGCCUUUACCAAGCGUUCACACCCUAGGCAUCAUGGGAGAAAUGAUACUGGAGAGAAGUCCUAUCCACGCGUUGAAUGUGGCAAAACCUUUCGGUAAUGGUCUGACAUCAGGAUUCACCGAAGAAUUCAUGCUGGACAGAAACCUUUCAAAUGUAAUGAGUAUGGAAAAGCCUUUACUCAAGGCUCACACCUCAGUACACAUCAAAUAAUCCAUAGCAGAGAGAAACUUUACAAGUGUAACGAGUGUGGCAAGGUCUCCAGUCAAAAUUCACACCUUAUAAAUCCCUGGAGAAUCCAUACAGGCGAGAGACCUUACAAAUGUAAUGAGUGUGGCAAGGCUUUUAUCACGGGUUCACACCUUAGACUUCAUGAGAAAAUUCAUUCUGGAGAAAAAACAUACAAAUGUAUUGAACGUGGCAAGGCUUUUAGACAAUGGUCUGACCUCAGGAUUCACCAAAGAAUUCAUCCUGGAGAGAAACCUUACAAAUGCCAUGAGCGUGGCAAAGCCUUUACUCGAGGCUCACCCGUCACCAGUCAUCAGAUAAUCCAUACUGGAGAGAGCCUUAUAAAUGUACCGAAUGUGGCAAGGCUUUCAGUUCUGGAGGCGAAAUGUGUAAAAUGGAUCCAUAGCGCCGUGCUCCGUCUGGAUAUGCCAGAACAAGGAACUUAUGAUCUUGAUGUGUGGGAACGAGUAGGGAAAACAUUAAAGGCCAGGCAUUCUGAAGGGGCUAAUGUCCCCCCUGAGGUGAUCUUCACCUGGUCCAUCAUCCGCACUGCCCUUCUCCCCUUGAGCUUGGAUGGUGUAUAUGAAGAGUAUUUUGGAAACUGUGGCACUUAUUCCAUAUGUGCCUGGGACUGGGGCGCUCUCAUGAAAAUCAUCCUGACCCCGGCCCAAUAUGCUGUCGUUGCUCAGGACUUUCAUGCUUGUGUCACUCGUGCUCUGCAGAACUUUGACACUGCUACUCCAGUGACUUUUGAACAAUUGUCCGGCACAGGACAGUAUGUCCAACCUGUUAUGUGCGGAGCUGUGGCCUUGCUGGAGCCAGGUCCGUCCUAUAGCUUCUGGUAUGAAGAUGCGUCCAUCCUCGAGCCCCGAAAGGGUACUUACGGUUUCCAAGCAGUCAUGGAGCGAGUCCCAAACUCACUAUCAGGUAACAACGUGGCUGGGUUUAAGGCUUCUGUCUUUAAGGUGAUUCGUGGAGGGUCUAGCAGUGACACCUGGUAUUGGAUGAUUCCUACCUUGGAAAUCCACCAGUCCGGCCGGGAGUGCAACAAGGAAGCCACCGCAUGA